UCAGGGCACAGCGGAUCACGGAAAGAGCUGAAGAUGUUGGCUCGGUCAUGUGAUCAGCUGUGUCCAAUCACAGCCGAUCACAUGGGGCACAUGUACACUGAUCAUCAGGGCACUGAUGAUUAGUGUGCCCUGAUGAUCAGUGUGGCCCCAGAAGUGCCACCUGUCCGUGCUCAUCAUCAGUGCCAGUGCCCAUCAGUGCCAGUGCCCAUCAGUGCCACAUCAAUGCCACAUAUCAGUGCAUACCAGUGCACAUCAAUGCCACAUAUCAGUGCCCAUCUGAGCUGCCUUUCAAUGUCACCCAUCAGUGCCAGUCAGUGCCACCUAUCAAUGCCAAUCAGUGUCAGUGCUAACAGUGUCACCUAUCAGUGUGCUGCCUAUCACAGUCAGUGCCAGUCAGUGCCAGUCGCCUAUCAGUGCCAAGUCAGUGUGCCUAACAGUGCCCUAUCAGUGCCAGUCAGUGCCGCCUAUCAG